AUGGCGCUCUGUGCAAGUUCGCAGGCCGUUCGCCUGGCGGAGCGAUUAGCUUCUUUCAGUGUUGGCAGGUACGGCCCAAGCCUGCCACUCUACAGCUCUCUGCUGAAAGUAUACAGCCAAGCGAAGCUCUGGAACAAAGCUUGCGAUCUCCACACGGACUUCGAGCGAGCAGGCAUCACGCCGGACACGGCAGCUUACGGUGCUCUCAUCAAGGCGGCUGUGGAGGAUGGGCGGCAAUCCUUGGCAAGGCAUCUCUUCCAGGAGUCGAAGAAUCCUGAUGUCAUGAACGUGAUGUCCAUGAUCCGCUCAGCCGGCCGGGACCGGGACAUUGCAAAGGCUCUGAGCCUUCUGGGAGAGCUGGAGCAAACGCCAGAGCAACUCGAUGCAACCACCUACAACUGUGCCUUGGAGGCUUGCGUGGUCUGCGGGGACAGGGAGGCUGCAGAGAACCUGAUGCAGAAGAUGACGAAAGCCGGGCAUGUCGACGUUGUGUCAUACAAUACGUAUGUGAAGCUGCUUCUUGCCACGCAAGACCACGCCGAAGUCAAAAAGACCCUGGAGGAUAUGCGAAACUUUGGAAUCAAGCCCAAUGUGGUGACCUACAACUCACUCAUCAAGGCAUCGCAGCAGAAUCUACGACAAGCAUGGCAACUUGUGCAGGAGAUGCAGCGGGCAGGGCUGGAGCCAGAUGCCUUCACUUGCUCCAUCCUGGCGGCAGGCCUGCGGCAGUCUCCAACGUCAAAGGGCCUUGACCAGAUUCUGGACUUGAUGGCCCAAGGCCAAAUCGGGCUGGAUGAGGUGCUCCUCAAUUGCUUGCUGGACGUUUGCAUUCGCCUCAAGGAGCCCUGGCGACUCCCAGAGCUGCUCCGUCGCUGGGACACCACGGGCCUAGCUCCAUCGCCCCAUGCCUGCGUGAUGCUGAUGCGUGCGCAUGGCCACGCGAAGAACCUGCCGGAAGCUUGGCGGCUCUGGCGGCGACUGUUAGCUGAGGACAAGAACCUGACGGAGGAUGCCUUCAUGAGCAUGGUGGAUGCUUGCCUGGCGACCUCAGACGUGAGAUCGGCCUUGCAUGUCUUCAAGGAGUCAAAGAUGUGGUUGUCGGGCUUUCCAAGAGCAACAGUGGCGUUCUCCCUGUCGGUAAAGGCUGCCAUGCAGUCCCAGCAGCUUGCGGCUGCGGUUGAGUUGUAUGAAGAAACGAAAGGCUCGCUUAGACUGACCGCGGUCACGUACAACACCCUGAUUGACGCAUUGGUGCGCUCGGGGGACCUGAAGAGAGCCAUGCAACUCUUUCGUGACAUGGCGUGCCAAGAUGCAGGACCCGAUCUCAUCAGCUUUUCCAUCCUGAUCAAAGGCUUCUCGUGCGCAGGGGAUUUGGAGACGGCCAUUCUGCUGCUGGGCCAGAUGCAGGCUCAAGGGAUUCAGCCCGACUCAAUCCUGUUCAACUCUAUUCUGCAUGGCUGUGCCCGGAGUCAGAGGCGCGCUCUGACGGAGGAGGUGCUUGCUGAUAUGGAGAAAGCUGGGGUGGCGCCUUCAAAUUUCACGGUCUCCAUACUUAUCAAGCUUUAUGGCCGCUGCGGCGAUCUGCAGGCGGCCCUUGAUGUCACGGACACCUAUCCGAAGCGCUUCGGAUUUCGGCUCAAUGCGCAGGCCUACACCUGCCUUAUGUCAACGUGCAUUUGGAGUGGAGACUUGCCCAAAGCGUUCGAAGCAUAUCAGCACAUGCUCGAGGAUGGCUGCGAGGCAGACGGAAAGACGUAUGACACCCUGCUGAGCGGCUGUGUGAAGCACGGGGAGGCCGUUCGGGCUUCGCAGGUCUUGGCUGAUGGUUUGGCCUGCCCCAGCAUCCGCUUGAACCGGGAGAUUAUCGAGUCCGCCGUGGUCAUGGCCCACAACCGUGGUCGAUCAGACGUGGCCUCGGAGAUGGUGGGCUGUAUGACGGCAGCUGGGUUCCAGCCUUCCAAGUGCCUGCUUGGGACCAUGUCCAGGGACCCCACCUCUGCUAGCACAUGGCGGCCACGCCGUGGCGGAGGGAAGAAGCCAGGGAGGGAGGUCCUCUGA